UUUCAUCUGUAGCUUUAGCUUUCUGGUUGCGGUCUGACUUCGACAAUCAACAGGUUAAGGGGAUGGGAGAGCCGCCUGUGGUGAUCCUUCAGCACCAGAUGAGUGGUAGGUAGGGACGGUGCAAAAGCAAUGUUGUGCUGCUGUGUACAAUGAAGAAAAUUUUCAGCUUUACUAAGAAGAAGAAAUACCCAUCUGGUACUCCUGACAAUGGGAGUGUGCUUUCUGUUGGGUAUGAAGUGAAAGAAAAAGACCUCGGGAAGGUUCACAAGGCUGCCCUAGUGGGCGAUUUGGUAAAGUUGAAGCAGCUUGCUAAGAAGAAUGAUAUCAAUCAGCUUGACAAAGAAAAUAGAACAGCACUUCAUAUUGCAUGUGCCAGUGGCCAUGUUGAGGUGGUGCAAUUCCUCGUUGAGAGCAAAGCCAAGCUUAACCUAUGCGACAAUCAAAAUAGAUCCGCCUUAAUGAAGGCCGUUCAGGGCCAGCAUGAGCGCUGUGUGAGCUUACUGCUGGAGAAUCAUGCUGAGCCGAGCCUUGUGGACAUCAAUGGCAAUACUGCUCUACAUUUGGCAGCAAACAUCCCAUCUCUCUCUACUGCUCUCCUGCUUCUGGAGCAUGAGGCAGCCAUCAAUGCCCAAAAUAAGGACGGUUUCUCACCCUUAACCGUGGCAGUCCGUGAGGACCAUAUCGAGAUGGCUGAGUUUCUCCUGAAGGAGAGUGCUAAUGUGAAUAGUUUGGCCCAAGACCAAAGGUCUCCGUUAAUGAUAGCUGCUGGCAAUGGACAAAUUGGUAUGUUACGUCUGCUCUUGCGGUAUGAAGCAGAUAUUACACUAAAAGAUACCAAAGGAUGGUCGGCUGAUGACUACGCAGUGAUGAAUGGGCAUCAUCCUUGUUCCCUCCUGAUAAUUGAGCAUGGUACCCAGAGGAAGGAUGGUCCCUCCCUAUCUCAAGGUCCGAGCAAAAAGAAGAACAAAACGCUGCUGGGCAGUCCUUCCCAAGAUGUUGAAGCAGGCUUCUCUUUGGGAGGACCUGCCACUGACAAAGAUGGUAAUGGAGAGUUUUCUCCACAUGAUAAUGAAUAAAAGCGGAGUGAGGAAAUUUUAAGGUAGUUGUUGUACCGUUAUUGUGUCUAUUCAUUAUUGACCCUGAUUAUUUCAUUUAUUCCUCAUGCAAUACCCCUUGACUGGAACUAGAACAUGGAGCAAAUGAAGCAGGGGGAGGUAUUACUUUGCUUAGAAGUAGAUUUGUUUGCAAAAUCAGUC